AUGGAUAAAAAUAAUAAUACAGAAAAUACAACAACAUGCGCACCUACUGAAAAAAAAGACCCACAUCAAAAUGAUUUAAACAAUAAAGAGGUGUAUAAUUAUUAUUAUUAUAAUAACCUAAAUGAUGGAAUGGGUAAUAAUAGAAUAGGAUAUAAUAAUAUACCUUGUGAAAAUAAUUAUGAUGGUAAUAGAAAUAUUCAAAAUUAUUAUAACUAUAAUUAUUCUUAUAUAAAUAAUAAAGAUCAUGUAGCAUAUGGUACACCCGGACAAUAUAUGAUGAAUUAUAAUUUUAUGGAUACAGGAUAUUAUCAUAUGAAUAAUAAUAAUAAUAUGUUUAAUAAUACUUUAAAUUCUUUUGUUAAUAAAACAGGAGAUAUUAUUUCUCCAUAUCAUGCUCAUAAUAUUCAUCCAAAUUCUCAGUUAACAAUGAAAUAUAAAUUAAGUGGUAAUAUAAUAACAAAUAAUUCUUUUCAUUCAUCAAAUACAAAUUAUACAAAUGAAGAAAAAAAAAAUUGUCUAGAAAUGACUAAUACAACAACAUAUAAUGUUAAUACAUUGUUAAGAAAUAAUAUUUUGUCUUCAGAAUAUUUUAAAUCAUUAAUCCCAAUAAAAACAUUUAAAGAAGUAGUUGAUGAAAUUCAUUCUUAUGCUGAUCAUGUAGAACCAUAUUGUAUUGGAAGUAAUAGAGCACCAUCAACUCUUUUUUGUUGUCUUUAUAAGUUUUUUACAAUGCAGUUAUCUGAAAAGCAGCUAAAAUCUUUAAUUGAAAAUAAAGACUCAUGUUAUAUAAGGGCCUGCGGAUUUUUAUAUUUGAGAUAUGUCCAUUCCCCAGCAAAUCUAUGGAUGUGGUUUGAACCAUAUCUGUUGGAAGAAGAUGAAUUUUCUAUUUCUUGUGACAAAAGAAGGAAAGUAACAAUAGGAGAGUAUGUACAAAGUUUAUUAUCAGAUGAUAAAUAUUUUAAUACAGUUUUACCAAGGUUACCUAUAAAGAUUAAGAAUGUAUACGGAGCACGUUUAAUGAUUAUAGACGACCACAGGAGGCGAUUAAAAAAGAAUAAGGAAAAUAUUUCAAAAUUUUUAAAGGGGGAGCCUGUUUUAGCUUAUAUAAACGGAGAGUGGGAAAAAGGCGAAAUAGGAGGUAUCGUAAAUCACGGAAAGGAUAAAUUUUUUGUACGCCUAAGAGAAAUUGAUGGAAACGAAAAGCUAGUUAAUAUCGGAUAUGUAAAAUUAGAAGGCAAAGAUUCACAUAAGGAAAAAGAUAUACAGAAACAUAAGAGCAGAGAAAGAAGUACUAGUAUAAGUGAAAGGAAAAGAAGACGACGAAGAAGAAAUAGUAGUAGUAAAAGUACGAGUAGAAGAAAAUCAAGACAUAGUAGAAGUAGUAGUAGAAGAAAAAGGAAAAGGAGACAAAGAGAUGAAAGUAGAAGCAGUAGUAGAACAAGACGUAGAAGUCAUAAUCGUAGUCAUAAAAGAAGUUCUAGUUAUGAAAAAGAUUAUAGUAUUGAUAAAUAUUCAAGUCGUAGUCAUAGUAGAAGUAGAAGAAGAAAACAUAGUAGUAAACAUUCCUCACAUUAUAAAUCACAUAAUAAUCAUCGAGAUAGGUCUAUAAAUAAAUAUAAUAGACCAUCAGAAGAAGAUGAGUUAUAUAAAAGUAAAAAAAGAAGAAAUGUAUCUAUUUCUAGAUCUUCAUCGAGUAGUACAAGAUAUAGAAAGGAAAAAUAUGAAAAAACAGAAGAUGAAUUAAUUAGUAGAUUUAAAAAAUUGGAAAGUCAAAAAGCUUUAGCCACAGGGAAAGAUUAUGCACGUAGACCAACAUCAUAUAAAUCUUCUCUUUCGUUAAAAGUAGAUAACAUACCUGUAAGAAGAAGAUCAAGAUCACGAUCUCCUAGAAGAAUUGAUAAUAGGGUAGUAGUACAAGUAGUGCACACAGAUAAUACAAACAAUGAUAAUAAUACAUCUGAAAAUAUGAAACUUAAAGAAUUAAUGAAGAAAUAUAAUAAAGAUGAUACAAAUGAUGAACCUAAAAUGAAUAAUUCAAACUUAGAAGAAAUGGAUAUUAUGACAUUAGGUUGA